AUGGGUACAAAAUACGAAGAGGAUUUCUGCUGCAUCGUGUGCAAUGACAUCUUUAAGGACCCUGUGCUCCUGACAUGCAGCCACACUGUGUGUGAACACUGCCUAAAGGACUUCUGGGAGGACAUCGGGGCGCAUAAGUGUCCAGUCUGCAGGAGGAGGUCAUCGAAGGAUCAGCUUCUACCAAACCUGGUCUUGAAGAACCUGUGUGAGACGUUCUGGCAGGAGAGAAGUCAGAAACCUCAAGCAGGGUGCUGGGCGCUCUGUAAAGAGCACAGCGAGCAGCUCAAGUUCUACUGUGUGGAGCAUGACUUCCCCGUGUGUGUCGUGUGCCAGUUCGACAGUAAACACACGUGCCACACAAUCAAACCACGAAACAAGUUUGAACCGUUUGACCUUAAGGAGGAACUGAAGUUGUGUCUAGGGCGACUAAAGACCAAACUGGAAGACCUUGAAGAAGCACAACUCGCUGGAGACGAAACCACACACUGCAUUACGGCUCGGGCCAUACACAUCGAGAAGCUGAUCACGGAGGAGUUUGAGCACCUCCACCGGUUCCUGCGGGACGAGGAGAAGGUCCGGCUGGCCAUCGUGAGGCAGGAGAAGGAGGAGAAGCUGCAGAUGUUAUGGGAGAUGAGCAGCCGCAUAAGGAGGAAGAUGACCUGUAUAAACGACACUAUCAAAGCCAUACAAAGGAAAUUGGAAGCAGAUGGGGUCACAAACCUGAAGUGCCUAUAG